AUGAGCACAGAGGGCUCUGCCAACAGCACCUCUCCCACCUCACCUCUCCUUCCCACCAUGCAGCGGGUCCCGCCCAGCGCUGCGUCCCCUGAAGUGACAGCCUGGCUGCCCGUCAUCGUCGGGCUGCUGUGCAUCCUGCUGGUCCUGGCCACCUUCCUGACCUUUGUCACCGCCUGCARGCCAGCAGCACUGGGCUGGUCCCUCCCCGGGCAGCAGGAGCGCCUGCCCCACCACCCCGUGGAUGGCAGCGAGCCCCAGCUCAGGCUCUGGAAGCGCCUGGGCUCCCUCAGGUGCUCCAUCAGCAGCUUCAGGAGGAGCCAGCUGCUGUCUCAGAGCCAGCCUGCCUGUCCCAGGAGCUUCUCUGCCAGCCAGGACUGGGACACCGUGGAAUCCACUAAAAUGUGA